UUCAAAAACAGGGGAGUCACAAGUAACUGCUAAACGUUUUGCAGCGUUACACUGUUUUGCCGUGAAUCCAGAGUCAUGGAGAGCAAGGGAGAGCGCGGAGGAAACAUGGUCCGCUGUUGGGUCACACUCCUGGAUGACACGCACAUUGAACGCGACCUGGAGAAAGGUGCAGUGGGUCAGGUGCUGUUUGAUAAGGUGUGUGAACAUCUCAACCUGCUGGAGAGGGAUUACUUUGGUCUAGCUGUGUGGCUUUCCCCCAACACCAAGGUGUGGUUGGAUUUUUCUAAAGAGCUUCACAAGCAAAUAUUAGGUCAAGAUGCAACAUUCACUUUCAAUGUCAAGUUUUACCCACCUGAUCCUUCCCUACUGGCAGAAGAUAUCACCAGGUAUUUGUUAUGUCUACAGCUAAGGUCGGACAUCAUGACCAGCCGUCUGUCCUGUCCAUUAGAUGUGUUGGCAGAGCUGGGCUCAUACACAGUCCAGUCAGAGUUGGGUGAAUACGACUCUGAAGUGCAUGGGCAGGGUUACCUCGGUAACAUCCCCCUUGCACCACAUCAGACCCCGGAGCUAGAGGACGCAGUCACAGAGCUACAUCGUUCACACAAGUCUAUGACUCCAGCUGAUGCAGAUAAGGUUUUCUUACAGAAGGCCAAAAGCCUGCCCAUGUAUGGACUGGACCUGCACCCUGCCAAGGAUGCCAGCGAAGGAGAUGUAAUGCUGGGUGUGUGUGCUGAUGGGCUAAAGGUGUAUGAGGGUGAGACGCAGAUCGAUAGUUUUCCGUGGCCCAGAGUUCUAAAGAUGUCCUACAAACGUAGCAGAUUUCUCCUGAAGAUCCUUCAGGAACAGUAUGCUUCUGAAAGUACCCUUAUCUUCAACCUACCCAACUACCAUGCCUGCAAAAGCCUGUGGAAGACCGCUCUAGAGCACCAUGCCUUCUUUAGGAACUACCGACAAGACAGAUCCUUUCCCAGCCUCCUACACCUGGGAUCUACGUUCCAUUUCCAUGGCAACACUCACACUGAAUGUCUGGAAGCCAGCUCCAGCAUCAAGCGUCCACCACUACAUGUCGCUCGUUCUGCCAUCAAGAGGAAAGCAAAAGAAAGCAUGCUUGAAACUUUGAAGCGCCCAAAUCGUACGGAGCUUGAUGAUUGGUUCCAGGUGUUAGACGUUGACCAAUUACAGCCCAGCUUUGGACUAGAAACCUUCGCUGCUGACCAAGCAUCCCUGCUGUAUGCAACAAUAGGCACUAAAACAUACAAACAUGCACACAAAGUCACAUGGAUGGAUGCAAAGAGCCAUGCUUAUGGGGAAAGGGAGGAAGGGGAGGGGCCAAAUGAGGAGGCAGGGCCUCAGCAGCUGGGUGGGCGGUCCUUCCCACCCCAAGGCUCUCUGUCUUCCAAUACAAACAUUUUGAAAAGUGGUGUUCCCCAGAGUUGGAAGCAGCAUGCUGAUGACUGGUAUGACCUUCUCAAUCCUAGAGCCUCAAAAUCCUCUACUUGGAUCCUGGAGACUGCACCAUCAUCUCUGCAGUCUUCGCAACUUUGGGAACAAAGACGGGAGCUGGAGAAGAAUGAAUGGGAAGAAAGAACCUCAGAGGAGAGUGCAGAAGUUGUCAAAAUAAUGAAAGAGGCUCAGUAUAUGAGAGAUGGGUCAGAGGGAUUAGAGGUUGAAACAAGACUAAAGAGAGCAGAUAUUGCUGGAGAAAGUCUGGAGAUGGUUAUUGUAGGAAAACAGCCAAUAAUGAAGAGCAUGGAAGAAAAACUAGAAGAACAAGAGGAUGGAGCAAGAUUGCAGAAUGUAGUAAUUCAUCAACAGAGAACACAAGAAGUACAAAGAUAUGAUGGACAACCUCAAGAAGUUUUUACUGGGCGAAAGAUAAGAAAGGUGGAAAUAGUUGGGGGGAAACAGGAACUCUUGGUGGGAGGUCAAGUGGUUUCUGAGGAGACAAUAGAGGGAUUAGAGAAAAAAUUACUGGAAUUGGAGAGUAUUGAACAAAGAGUACAGGACACAGAAGGUCUGAAAGUCAGAUUUCGGGAAGGGGAAAUUCUGGAAGAGAAACUGCGGCAAGCUGAACAGGAACGAGCCCUGCGAAGACAGCAGGACGAUUGGCACAUUCUGAUGCAUCACAGGCACUUGGCUGCAGGUGCCAAGACAGAAGUGGCACUCCAGACAGGUGGGAUUCAGCAGUGGGAGGAGAAGACUUUGCAAAGGCCAAACCCUCUUCCACCCAUCCACACUGAAGAUAACUGGCAUGUCCUGCUGAACCUGCCUCCCAUGUCUCCACAGGAGUCCUGGUUAACGCUGUCCCCUUCAGCAUCUCUGCAGUCUUCGCAACUUUGGGAACAAAGACAGGAGCUGGAGAAGAAUGAAUGGGAAGAAAGAACCUCAGAGGAGAGUGCAGAAGUUGUCAAAAUAAUGAAAGAGGCUCAGUAUAUGAGAGAUGGGUCAGAGGGAUUAGAGGUUGAAACAAGACUAAAGAGAGCAGAUAUUGCUGGAGAAAGUCUGGAGAUGGUUAUUGUAGGAAAACAGCCAAUAAUGAAGAGCACGGAAGAAAAACUAGAAGAACAAGAGGAUGGAGCAAGAUUGCAGAAUGUAGUAAUUCAUCAACAGAGAACACAAGAAGUACAAAGAUAUGAUGGACAACCUCAAGAAGUUUUUACUGGGCGAAAGAUAAGAAAGGUGGAAAUAGUUGGGGGGAAACAGGAACUCUUGGUGGGAGGUCAAGUGGUUUCUGAGGAGACAAUAGAGGGAUUAGAGAAAAAAUUACUGGAAUUGGAGAGUAUUGAACAAAGAGUACAGGACACAGAAGGUCUGAAAGUCAGAUUUCGGGAAGGGGAAAUUCUGGAAGAGAAACUGCGGCAAGCUGAACAGGAACGAGCCCAGCGAAGACAGCAGGACGAUUGGCACAUUCUGAUGCAUCACAGGCACUUGGCUGCAGGUGCCAAGACAGAAGUGGCACUCCAGACAGGUGGGAUUCAGCAGUGGGAGGAGAAGACUUUGCAAAGGCCAAACCCUCUUCCACCCAUCCACACUGAAGAUAACUGGCAUGUCCUGCUGAACCUGCCUCCCAGGUCUCCACAGGAGUCCUGGUUAACGCUGUCCCCUUCAGCAUCUCUGCAGUCUUCGCAACUUUGGGAACAAAGACGGGAGCUGGAGAAGAAUGAAUGGGAAGAAAGAACCUCAGAGGAGAGUGCAGAAGUUGUCAAAAUAAUGAAAGAGGCUCAGUAUAUGAGAGAUGGGUCAGAGGGAUUAGAGGUUGAAACAAGACUAAAGAGAGCAGAUAUUGCUGGAGAAAGUCUGGAGAUGGUUAUUGUAGGAAAACAGCCAAUAAUGAAGAGCACGGAAGAAAAACUAGAAGAACAAGAGGAUGGAGCAAGAUUGCAGAAUGUAGUAAUUCAUCAACAGAGAACACAAGAAGUACAAAGAUAUGAUGGACAACCUCAAGACGUUUUUACUGGGCGAAAGAUAAGAAAGGUGGAAAUAGUUGGGGGGAAACAGGAACUCUUGGUGGGAGGUCAAGUGGUUUCUGAGGAGACAAUAGAGGGAUUAGAGAAAAAAUUACUGGAAUUGGAGAGUAUUGAACAAAGAGUACAGGACACAGAAGGUCUGAAAGUCAGAUUUCGGGAAGGGGAAAUUCUGGAAGAGAAACUGCGGCAAGCUGAACAGGAACGAGCCCUGCGAAGACAGCAGGACGAUUGGCACAUUCUGAUGCAUCACAGGCACUUGGCUGCAGGUGCCAAGACAGAAGUGGCACUCCAGACAGGUGGGAUUCAGCAGUGGGAGGAGAAGACUUUGCAAAGGCCAAACCCUCUUCCACCCAUCCACACUGAAGAUAACUGGCAUGUCCUGCUGAACCUGCCUCCCAGGUCUCCACAGGAGUCCUGGUUAACGCUGUCCCCUUCAGCAUCUCUGCAGUCUUCGCAACUUUGGGAACAAAGACGGGAGCUGGAGAAGAAUGAAUGGGAAGAAAGAACCUCAGAGGAGAGUGCAGAAGUUGUCAAAAUAAUGAAAGAGGCUCAGUAUAUGAGAGAUGGGUCAGAGGGAUUAGAGGUUGAAACAAGACUAAAGAGAGCAGAUAUUGCUGGAGAAAGUCUGGAGAUGGUUAUUGUAGGAAAACAGCCAAUAAUGAAGAGCACGGAAGAAAAACUAGAAGAACAAGAGGAUGGAGCAAGAUUGCAGAAUGUAGUAAUUCAUCAACAGAGAACACAAGAAGUACAAAGAUAUGAUGGACAACCUCAAGACGUUUUUACUGGGCGAAAGAUAAGAAAGGUGGAAAUAGUUGGGGGGAAACAGGAACUCUUGGUGGGAGGUCAAGUGGUUUCUGAGGAGACAAUAGAGGGAUUAGAGAAAAAAUUACUGGAAUUGGAGAGUAUUGAACAAAGAGUACAGGACACAGAAGGUCUGAAAGUCAGAUUUCGGGAAGGGGAAAUUCUGGAAGAGAAACUGCGGCAAGCUGAACAGGAACGAGCCCUGCGAAGACAGCAGGACGAUUGGCACAUUCUGAUGCAUCACAGGCACUUGGCUGCAGGUGCCAAGACAGAAGUGGCACUCCAGACAGGUGGGAUUCAGCAGUGGGAGGAGAAGACUUUGCAAAGGCCAAACCCUCUUCCACCCAUCCACACUGAAGAUAACUGGCAUGUCCUGCUGAACCUGCCUCCCAGGUCUCCACAGGAGUCCUGGUUAACGCUGUCCCCUUCAGCAUCUCUGCAGUCUUCGCAACUUUGGGAACAAAGACGGGAGCUGGAGAAGAAUGAAUGGGAAGAAAGAACCUCAGAGGAGAGUGCAGAAGUUGUCAAAAUAAUGAAAGAGGCUCAGUAUAUGAGAGAUGGGUCAGAGGGAUUAGAGGUUGAAACAAGACUAAAGAGAGCAGAUAUUGCUGGAGAAAGUCUGGAGAUGGUUAUUGUAGGAAAACAGCCAAUAAUGAAGAGCACGGAAGAAAAACUAGAAGAACAAGAGGAUGGAGCAAGAUUGCAGAAUGUAGUAAUUCAUCAACAGAGAACACAAGAAGUACAAAGAUAUGAUGGACAACCUCAAGAAGUUUUUACUGGGCGAAAGAUAAGAAAGGUGGAAAUAGUUGGGGGGAAACAGGAACUCUUGGUGGGAGGUCAAGUGGUUUCUGAGGAGACAAUAGAGGGAUUAGAGAAAAAAUUACUGGAAUUGGAGAGUAUUGAAGAAAGACUACAGGACAUAGAAGGUCUGAAAGUCAGAUUGCUGGAAGUGGAAAUUCUGGAAGAGAAACUGCGGCAAGCUGAACAGGAACGAGCCCUGCGAAGACAGCAGGAUGAUUGGCACAUUCUGUUGUAUCACAGGCCUUUGGCUGCAGGUGCCAAGACAGAAGUGGCACUCCAGACAGGUGGGAUUCAGCAGUGGGAGGAGAAGACUUUGCAAAGGCCAAACCCUCUUCCACCCAUCCACACUGAAGAUAACUCGCAUGUCCUGCUGAACCUGCCUCCCAGGUCUCCACAGGAGUCCUGGUUAACGCUGUCUCUUUCAGAUGAGGAAGACAGACCUGUGGUGCCCAUGGUAACAGAGAGUAGGCAGCAGGAGGAGGAGAGGAGAUGGCAAGACGAAAGGAAAGACAGUCAGGUGAAAGAAGUGCUCCAGGUGAAGGAAUCCUCCCAGCCACCCAUCGCAGGCCAGAGAGCAAGCCAGCUCCAGAGGGAAGUGAACGAUGACUGGUUUGUCCAGCUGAAUCCUUCUCCUAAACAAUCAGUGCCUGUUGCUGGGGUUUAUGAAGACACAAUCGACAUGAGAACUCCGCAAAUAGACACAAGAGUGUCUGAGCCGGUGAGAAUGAAGGGACGAGAAGUUAUGAUAGACGUGAAGCCUAUGAUCAUUGAAGAGAAGCAUUUGAUCAUCGGAGAGAAGCACACGAUCAUCAGAGAGAAUCCACUGAAAGUUGGAGAAGUGGAGAAGAUUCCAGGUGCACUGCAGGAGGUCGAUGACAGCUGGUUCGUGCUCUUCGACUGGACACCAUUUGAGAGGAGGAGCGUUGGCACAGAAGUGUCGGACACUUGGCUCUCAGAGGAGAGGAGAACAAAGGAGGUGCAGGAGAGGAAGAUCCGGGAAGAGGAGCGGAGGAAGCAGGAGGCACGUGCCCUCCUGCAGGGGGAGGCGAGCAACAAAUGGUUUGUCCUGCUGGAGACUCCAAAAGGAGUGAAAGAAUUAGAUAGGAGAGCUACUGAGGAGCGAGUGAUGGAGGAGGAGUUGAAGAAGCGAGUGACGGAGGAGGAGCGGCGUAAAAGAGCAGCUGUGGACGAGAGGAGGGCAGUACAGCUCCCAUGGGAGGAGAAAGAUGACUGGUUUAUACUACUGUCUGUGUCUCCUAGAGAGCCAGCCCUCAAACCUCCCCCAGUUCCUGUCAUGUCCCCAGUCCCAGUGGCUGUGCCUAAGACCCACCCACUGCCCCCAGCCGACCAACCACUGACAUCCACUCCCACUGCCCGGCCUGCCCCCAUCACAAGACCGACCUAUCAGGAAGAAAGAACAAAGAUGCAGGACAUCACACAAGAAUCAAUACAGGACAUCACACAAGAGGAAACAGAAUCAUCAGUCCUCAUCAGAGAGAGAAAAGCGAAGAGAAUCGAGGGAGAAACGAUAUUUAUCCGCCACAGUAUCCUUAUGCUGGAGAACUUUGAUGAGACUCCGGAGGUGGUGUUAAGGCAUCAUGCCAGUAUCAGGGAGUUAAAGCGUCUCUUCCUGGAGGAUGUUCCUGUAUUCGGCCCCACCGAAUGGGACAAGCGCCUCUCCACACACACCCCCGUCAAGAUCCCCAAGGUGACCAAUGGCGACCUCUUCCUCGGCAUGGAUUUAAUGGCAGAUGAAAUAUUGGUCACGUAAUUCAGCUGCGCUUCCUUAUUAAGACUCAUCUUUCUUUUUCUCAUUCCUGAGCAGCACAAAAUCCUCUUUCUUCAGCAUUUAGUCACUGACACAUUGCUGUUUUGGUUGGUUUUUAAUGCGUUCUGCAUUCAUUUUUCUUAAAAAUUGGAGCUUAUAUUUAAUAUCUGCCGAUAUGUAAUGUGUUUUAUAAUACUCAGUAGGCUUUAAUAUAAGAUGAUAUGUUUUGUUUAUUAUAACCUUUUAAAAUCUAUGUUCAUUGUAAGAAACUAAUGUGGAUUUAUAAGAGAGUGAAUGUAAGGCUCCUGAAUCCUUCUGUCAGUAUUCGGGUAGCCAUGUUUGGUUCUGUUUAGCUAACACCAGUGCUGUCAUCAGUUCAACAAUAAAGAGAUUUGAUCUCA